AUGGGGUCAUUUGUGUCAAGAAACGACUUUGUCGUUGACGGGCGGACAGUUCUGAUUACCGGCGGCUCCAGUGGACUCGGGCUCAGCGCUGCGCGACAGCUUGCAGGAAAGGGGGCCAACGUUAUUAUCGUCGCGCGCAACCUGGACAGACUUGAAGCAGCCGUGGACAAGAUACGGCAAGCUGCACGCUCUCCCGACGCCCAGCGCUUCCAUCACGUCUGCGCCGACGUGACGACGGCGGAUACCUGUGCACGCGUCGUCGCCGAUGCCACGGCAUGGAACGGCGGUAGCCCGCCCGACGUGGUGUGGUGCUGUAGCGGUAGCGCUCAUCCUUCAUUGUUCAUCGACACUCCGCUCGACCAGUUCCAGGCCAUGAUGGACAGCAACUAUUUUUCUUGCGUCUACAUGGCCCACUCUGUUCUCAACGCCUGGUUCCGCCCUGCCAGCAGCAGCCACGAUGCUGGUAAACAAACCGAACACCCGUCUGCUUUGCCUGCCCGCCCUCCCGCCCGCCACAUCGUCUUCACCGGCUCCUUCGUCUCGUUCUUCAGCUUUGCCGGCUUCACGCCCUACUGCCCAUCCAAGGCUGCCAUCCGCUCCCUCUCCGACUCGCUCUCCCAGGAGAUGAACCUGUAUGCGGCUGCCUAUCCCCAGCUGCCCCGUGUGCGCAUCCACACCGUCUUCCCGGCUACCAUGCCCACGCAGUCGCUCGACGACGAGAACAAGGUCAAAACGGACCUGACCAAAGCACUUGAAGAGGGCGACCAGAUCCUGGAGCCUGAAGAGUGUGCCCGCCGCGCCAUCGCCGGCCUCGAGCGUGGCGAGGAACUAGUUGCCACAUCAACUAUCAUCCGCCUCGUCAUGACCUCGGUUCUCGGCGGGAGUAUCAGGGGCGGCUUCCUCAAAGGCCUCGUCGACACUAUCGUCGGAUGGCUUGUCUUGGUGGUCAUGGUCUUCAUCCGCUGGGACAUGGACUCCAAGGUCUCCAAAUGGGGUCGCCAGUAUGGCGCAACCGGCAUGCUUCCAGAUCAAGGGGCAAGCCGCCAAGUCCUUUCCCCAAAUUGA